UGUACGAUUUUAGUCAAAAUCUCCUAUUGAAAAUUACUUUUGGGGCAUGUCAACACUUAAAAAUUAUAUUUACCGUUUUAAAGAAUUGGUCCCUACGUCGCAAAGCCUCACUUGAAGUCAGAGAGAUGACUUACAUUCUCAUAAGUUUUGUUUAGUAUAUCUGCUUUUCAUUUUGAGCUCCAAAAGGUCUAUCUCAAUCAAGGAGGAAAGGAAACAAAAUUUUGAAAGAUCGACAGGAAUCGACGAAAGAAAACAACAUGUUCGGAUCAUUGGUCCUGUUACCUUCAGCUUUCCUGCUGUUUAUGGUUUUCAUAACCGGGGAAACAGUAAUGAACGUGAAUAAUCCGAUUUCUCCGAAAGAGUACCAAGCUAAGAUUCGAGCAGGAUUUUCCACAAAUUGGUUCAAAUCAAAGUCGCCACAGAAAAAGUACUCGGAACAGAACAUCAUAGACGUCCAUGAGAAAGGCUUUCGUAACUUAAGGCUUCGAUGCAGGGCAGAUCUAUAUUCAUACAACUACUCCGCUGUCAACUUCACAUGGUUUCUUGGCAACCUGACGACUGUUGUCGACUAUUGUCUGAAACACGAUGUGAUUCCAAUCAUCUCCUGGAUUCACCAUCAAGCAGAGGCCUGCGCCAUGAAAGAAGACUUUAUAGCUUACGUGGAUUGGUGGACAGCGGUGGCAAAGCAGUUAAAAGACAAGGACUACAGACUGAGUUUUAAUCUUUUUACAGAACUUGGAAAAGACACUUGUAAACGAAACAACAAAAGUAGCGAGAGUCUUCGCAAGAAAACCCACAAAUACAACAUCUGGACCAGGAAUGUGACAAAAGCGAUCCGUAAAACAGGUGGGAACAAUGCUCAGCGUAUACUGAUUUUGGGAUCCCCUGGAAAAACUGCUAAGGACUUAUCUAAAAUCGAUAAAAAAAUCUAUAAAAAUGAUUCCUAUAUGAUGGCUGAGUGGCAUAUUUAUGCAUCUGGUCCAAACAAAGUGCUUGGUUCCAAGAAGUACUGGAGUGACAAUGGCACUUCUGGAGGCCGAAUUAAAGUCAAAACAGCAAUUAAACAAGCAACAGAUUACACGAAGAAAUAUGAUUUGCUGACAUACCUCGGUGCGUGGAUGCCGCAAGAUAACGAAAAUGGUUCGAUAACGGAGUCGGAAGCCAUCAACUUCGCACGGUUCUUUGUUGCCGAGCUGGGCAAAGUCAACAUACCAUGGUCUUUGAACGUCCUGGAUCGCUACUAUAACACCACAAACAAGACAUGGUUGACAGGGUACCAGGAGAUCCAAAAGAGAAAAUUGAAUAUGUCCAUGAUUUUGGACAAUAUUCGUGAACUAAUGCCAUAAAUUCUGAUAAUAUACUGUAGACGAAUCUGGAUUAGCAAUCGUCUGCACGCCAAAUGUAACUCGGAUAAUUUCAGUCACUAUAAUACGACUGUAACUAGA